UUAAACUAAUAAGUUCUCCAACGUUUCACUUCAACGGCAGACUUCUAACAGAUUGGAUUGAUAUCGAUUAAGUAUUAUUUCCCAUCAUUCCAGGUUGAUUCGCUGCUAUAAAUUGCAAUGGCGGCGAUGACAAUUGGUCUGCGGGGAUUAUCUGUAAGUACCCUAUCACUUCCCCUCCUCCGCAAUUGCAAGAUUAAUCCACUCACUCACUCGUAUCCGACGAAUCGAAGCUUAAAACCCCUGAUUUCGCCUUGUAAUCCCACUGUUCUCGGAGGUCUCCGCUCGUUCUGUGCGUCUCCGGACGUCAACGUGGAGGCCACCCCCACAGCACCGCCGUCUACGGAGGUUGUUAAUGCUCAGUCUACGGACGAUAUAAGGAAUGCAGCCAACCUGCUCGACAUAAGGGUUGGCCGAAUACUCAAAGCAUGGAGGCACGAGGAAGCCGAUUCGCUUUACGUGGAAGAGGUCGACGUAGGCGAGCCUGAACCCAGAAUAAUCUGCAGUGGGCUUGUUAAGUACAUUCCUUUGGAACUCCUUCAGGAUGCCAAAGUUGUGGUGCUUGCUAAUUUGAAGCCGAGGAACAUGCGCGGUGUUAAGUCUAAUGGAAUGCUAAUGGCGGCUUCCGAUGCGGCGCAUGAGAAUGUUGAGCUUCUUAUGCCCCCCGACGGUGCAGUUCCCGGUGAGAGAAUAUGGUUUGGGACAGAAGAUGAUAAAGAUGGCCAACCUGAACCUGCUACUGCUAACCAGGUUCAAAAGAAAAAGAUUUGGGAAUCGGUGCAGCCUCAGCUUAAAACAGAUGCUUCUUGUACUGCAAUGCUUGGGGAGCACUUGAUGCAGACAUCUGCAGGUGUAGUAGUCUGCAAAUCUCUGAAGAAUGCAAAUAUAUCCUGAUUACAUCUAAUGCCAAUCAAUUUAUUUUGUUUUAAAACAUACUUCUCCGUCUAUAAAAACGUAUUCGAAAAGGAU